AGUAAAGGGUUUUUUUUUAUAAUAAUUCAAAUAUUCUGUUCUCAAGCCUUGAACUAGAAAUACAUAAAACCAAACCAAGAGUGGGGAUUAUUAUUUGAUAAAUUACCUAAUGUGCUUUAGUAACUUGGAAGUGGCAAUAAAUUGACAUGAUUCAUGAAAACUGAGUGUUAUAAAAACUAGUUACAUAAUCACAACUCCACCAAAAUGAAUUUUUAUUUUUAUUAUUAUGUGGUUUCUUAGUUAGUUACUCAAAACCCACAUGUUAUGAAUCAAUUUAAAAGAUUUGUAGUAUCCAGAUCAAAUUUAAUUAUGAAUAAAAGGUGUACAAGUGUACAUUCAGCUGGUAUUGAACAAAUACAUGAAAUGCCUCUUAAUGAAAUCAUACGACCAAUUCCACCACAAGUAGAUGAAGAUAAGGUUAAAAGCUUAAUGGAUACUUUGUCUGACCCAGAUCAGGCAGAUUCUGUACCACCAAUAGAUGUAUUAUGGAUCGUAGGAAGAGAAGGUGGUAAUUACUUUUAUUCAUUUGGUGGAUGUCAUAGGUAUGCAGCUCAUAAACGUUUGAAAAGAGAUACAGUAAAAGUAAAAUUGGUAUCUUCAACUAUUCAAGAUUUACACAACUACUUAGGAGCAUCCACACCUGAUCUUAAAUGA